UUUGGCUGUCCCAUACCAUAAUUCAUGUCUGUUGCUUCUUUCUUCUCAUCUUCUUCUCCCCUUUAUUAUUAUUAUCACUACUCCACUUUGCAAACACUACUCCAACAACAAUAACAAGAUUAGCGUUAAUGGGUCUCUUCCUUUCUCGGAAUUUGGCUUGCAAAUUCAUAUAUCCUUUCCUUUUCUCCAAGAGGGUUUCCAAGGAUUUGUUUCCCAAGCCGUUGGAGACCAUGAUGUCUCUGAUGUCUCCUCGUACUGGCAGGCAUUUGCAGCGUUAUGACCAAGGAUGUCGUCAAGUUGUGGGGUGCAUUCCUUAUAGAUACAAGAACAAUGGAACAAAAGAUAAGGAGUUAGAGGUUCUUGUGAUUAGUGCUCAGAAAGGCCAUGGAAUGCAGUUCCCAAAGGGAGGUUGGGAAAUUGAUGAAUCCAUGGAACAAGCUGCUUUAAGAGAGACUAUAGAAGAAGCUGGGGUUAUUGGCAGUGUUGAGAGUAAUUUGGGUAAAUGGUAUUACAAGAGCAAACGGCAACCCAUAAUGCAUGAGGGAUACAUGUUCCCUUUGCUUGUGAAGAAGGAAUUGGAUAAGUGGCCAGAGAUGAACACAAGAAAACGCAGAUGGAUGACUGUGGCUGAGGCAAAAGAAAUAUGCCCUUAUCCUUGGAUGAAAGAGGCUUUGGAUGUGUUGGUCAUGAGGCAAAAUCAGCUGAAAAAAUGAUGUGGAUUUGAGAAGGUUGUAAAUUGUGUUGGGGUGUUUGGUUUCACGUUUCAGAUGUGAUUUUUUCACGCCUAGAGAGGAAGUAGUAGUUGUAACUUUUGCAUCUCAAGGUGGUUUCUUACUUCUCAACGAUUUUCCAAACACCAUUUCCAUCCACUAAGUGGUAAAACAGGAGCACUCAGAAGCUGUUGGUGGCAGAGAAACUGAGACAUCAGAGCCAUGAAGAGUGAAAACUGAUUUUCAAGGUCACAAUUUCUCCCUUGAGUUUGUUUCUGUCUUCAAAUUGGCUAUAGUUUGAAAGCUUAGCAGAGGGUGUAGUUGAGAUCUAGCCAUAGAAAUCAGCUUUUAGAUGUACAAAAUCAAUUCAUUCUUUCAUUCAUUUUAUUCUUUCUAAUGUAAUGUAUGUGUAGGUCUUGUGUAGAACACAUUCUUCUUGUACCAAAAACAAAAAAUUGAAAAAGAGAGUAACUUUCAUCUUGUGACUGAAAA